AUGGCCCCAUUGGAUUCUCAUCGGAAUCGCAAGCAUCUCACAAUGGACUUCGACGACUUUGACGACGAUGACGACUUCAUCCUCAUCUCACACUCGGACUGCCACCCCACGACGUACUCAUCCUAUCUCGAUGAGAUCAACUCAAUCGUAUCAGACUUUGCAGAAGCGCUGUGGCCCGUCAACAAAAAGAUACACGACAAUCCUGAGCUGGGGUACAAGGAGUUCAUCGCGCACGAUGCGCUGACCUCCUUCAUGCGGGGCCGAGAGGGCUGGAAGGUGACGCCGUCCGCGUACGGGAUGAAGACGGCCUGGGUCGCGCUGUGGGAUAGCGGGAAGAAGGGGCCCACGGUCUCGUUCAAUGCCGAAAUGGACUGCCUCCCCGGCAUCGGCCACGCCUGCGGGCACAACCUCAUCGCCUCGGCCUCCGUCGCCGGCGCGCUCGCAUCCGCCGCGAUGCUCAAACGCCACUCUCUCCCGGGUAAAAUCGUCCUCUUCGGCACCCCGGCCGAAGAAGGCGGCGGCGGCAAAAUCCGCCUCCUCAAAGCCGGAGCGUACUCGGCGCACGGCGUGGACCUCAAUCUAAUCUCCCACCCGGGCAUCGUCGCCGACACGGCGCUCAUGAGGACGUCGGCGUACACGGCGUUCAAGGUGGAAUUCUUCGGCCGCGAAGCGCACGCCGCGGCGAACCCGUGGCUGGGCAUCAACGCCCUCGACGCGCUCAUCACCUCGUACAACGCCAUCUCCGUGCUGAGACAGCAGACGAUGCCGGGCGACGUGAUCCAGGGGAACAUCACGAACGGCGGCGCGCGCCCGAACAUCAUCCACGCGUACGCGGCAGGCCAGUUCGUCGUGCGGUCCGACACGCGGCCGCGGCUCAGGGAGCUCGUGGCCAAGGUCGAAGCGUGCUUCAGAGCGGGAGCCGAGGCCACCGGCGCCAAGCUCAAGAUCACGCAGGGCGGGAGCUACAUGGACCACGUGCCGAACCGCGUGCUGGGACGGAGCUACACGGAGCACUGGAACGCGCUGGCCAGGUCGCCCGGGGACGGGACGAUCCCCGUGGAUGCGGACGUCGACGAGAUCCGCGGGCGGACGAUGGCGAGUACGGACCAGGGCGACAUCAGCUAUGCCAUGCCGAGCCUGAGCGCCGGGUUCAGGAUUCCGCCGGGCAAGGGCGGGCAGGGCCCGCACAACCCCGAGUUCGCGGAGGCGGCGGGGACGAGGGAGGCAUUCGAGAUUAGUUUGAAGGUGGGCAAGGCGCUGGCUGCUGUUGCGGUUGAUAUUUACACACAGAAGGGGAUGUUGGAGGAGGUGAAGAAGGCAUGGAAGAAGGAUGUGGGCAAAUAG